AUGGAUGAAAACAAAUAUUACACUUUGGCCGAAGGCUGCCCUUUUGCAAGCAACAAAACGGCUGUUCUGAUGCGGGAUAGACAGGGCGGCGGGCUCGGAUUGCUUCAGGAUACUCAGCUCAUUGAGACCUUGGCUCAUUUCUCUCGCGAGAGAAUUCCGGAGCGAGUCGUUCAUGCCAAAGCUGUUGGGUCUUAUGGCGAGUUUGAAGCCACCCGCGAUUGUUCCGACUUUACCUGUGCCAGCUUUCUCAACAAGGUUGGAAAGAAAACAUCGGUGCUUCAGCGCGUGUCAACGGUUGGGGGCGAGGCAGGAUCUGCUGAUACCUCUCGCGAUGUGCACGGAUGGUCAAUGAAGCUCUACACAGACGAAGGAAACCUCGACUGGGUUUUCAACAACACGCCUGUCUUUUUCAUUCGCGAUCCGAUCAAGUUCCCGUCAAUGAACCGAUCCCACAAGCGGCACCCCCAAAGCCAUCUUCCUGACGCAACCAUGUUCUGGGAUUUCCACGUCGGCAACCCUGAAGGCAUACAUCAACUUAUGGUUCUAUUCAGCGACCGUGGCACUCCAAAAUCGCCUCGCUACAUGAAUUCGUACAGUGGACACACAUAUAAGUUCACCAAAGCGGAUGGCUCGUUCAAAUAUGCCAAAAUCCACGUCAAAACGCAGCAAGGAAUACAGAAUUUCACCAGCGAAGAAGCUACCAAGGUUGCCGGAGAGAACCCUGACUAUAUGAUCCAGGACAUGUUUGAGGCCAUCGAGAGAGGCGAUUAUCCUGUUUGGAAUGUCUACGUCCAGCUGAUGAGCCCCGAAGAGGCCGAGAGAUACGAAGUAAAUAUCUUCGAUAUGACCAAGGUCUGGUCGCAUAAGGAUUUCCCUCUGCAGCAGAUUGGUCGUUUGACUAUGAACCGCAACCCGCAAAACUAUUUCGCAGAUAUUGAGCAAGCUGCAUUUUCGCCAUCGACGAUGGUUCCGGGAUUCGCUGCGUCCGCUGAUCCAGUGCUGCAAGCACGACUCUUCGCAUACCCCGACGCGGCCCGUUACCGACUUGGUGUGAACUACCAGCAACUCCCAACCAACGCUGCUAAGGUCCAAGUCUACUGUCCUUUCCAGAGGGACGGAAAGAUGCGAUUUGACAACAACUAUGGCAGCGACCCUAGUUACGUUGGCUCCUCGAUCAAGCCCACUAAGUUCUACCAAGACGUGAAAGGAUCAAACCCUGGAGCGUUGUACCUACACACCGAUCAUGAAAAGUGGGCGGGAGAGGUUUCGGCCUAUUCCAGCGAGAUCACUGACGCAGACUUUGUCCAGCCCGCAGCAUUGUGGGAGGUUAUUGGCCGGGAGCCUGGUCACCAAGAUAGGCUUAUUGACAAUCUCUGCUCCAACGUCAAGGGUGUUAAGUACCCCGAAUUGCGCAAAGCUGUCUAUAGCCUUUUUAGUCGUGUCAACAAGGAGCUCGGGUUAAAGUUGCAAGAGCGUACCGAAACCGCAAUCAAGGCCGCAUGA